AUGAUAGAAGUGCACACUACACCAACCUUUGAAGAUGAAAGUGAAUGGGUGCAAAAGUUUGACUGGUCUAGCACUGAGAUGGCUGCUGGAGCUGGGGGACAUCACUUUAUCUUGGUGGCUACCAACUAUUUCACAAAGUGGGUAGAGGCAAUACACCUGAAAAAGGUCGAACAGGCAGAGGUGGUAGAUUUCUUCAAAGAACAACUUAUGUUCAGAUUUGGCAUCCUAGAAACCAUCACAACUGACCAGGGGAUAAUGUUUACUGGAGGGGAGGUCAAAGCAUUUCUGGAAGAUUAUAGAGUCAAAUUGCUCACAUCUAUUCCACACUAUGCUCAGGCAAAUGGGCAGGCAGAGGCUUCAAAUAAGGUGAUCAUCUUUAUCUUGCAGAAAACUAUCGAAGAUGAUCCCCAAGCAUGGCAUAGGAUAUUACCAGAGACAUUAUGGGCCUACCGUAUAUCCAAGAGAACAAACACUACAACCAACCCUUUUACUCUCACUUAUGGGCAUGAUGCAAGUAUUCAGAAGCUAUGA